AUGAAGCUCUUCCAGCUUGUCACAGCUUUCGCUGUGACCGCGUUCACGGUUGCCACUUCCCCCGGUUCUGGAGACGAGUCCCCUGCUCGUCGUGCCUCCGUCGCCCGUCAGGCGGUGAACGACUUAGCCGCGCGCAACCCCGGAGCCGUCUCGCACUACUCCCAUAUCCUCGCGUACUACAAAAAAGGAUUCACUAGCCGAGACGAGGAUCACGAGAACAUUCCGGAACUGGCCGAGGCUGCGGGAGACUCAUGCAGCGACUGGAAGCAGAAGUACAAGAAGACCCAGUGCGCACGUCCCUGGGCUCCGGAGUGCGAAUGGGACUGCGCGGCCAAGCUUUGCAAAGACGGGCCCUCCGAGUGUCACAAAGGGGGAGCUCUUGGGCCGAAAUACUGCGGUUCUCGAGCCAACGGGCACACUUCUUCUGGCUCUUCCGUCACUCUUCUCGUUCGCCAAGACGAUCAACAUACGAACGAGGCAAACGAGAAAAAGACUGAGACGACUGCCGGCUGCGACCAGUGUGACAGCUGGAUGAACGAUUGCAAGAGCAAGUGCCCCCAUCCAAAUCGCCCUGAGUGCCGAUGGAAGUGUUUGGCCGCACUUUGCGCCGGUCGAGGGCCUGCUGAGUGUCGUGGAGGUGCUGCUUGCGGUUCAGCUUCUGGUUGCCUGAAAGAUGCUGGUUCUUCCAAUGCUCCUCAAGCCCGUGACGAUGGCGACGGUUGGGACGAGGAGGAAUGCAACGAGUAUACCACUGGAUGUGUUGACGCUUUCUGCCGCGACCCUCUUCACAAUGGGCCCAACUCGUGUUCCCACAAAGUCAAAAGUUUCUCCCUGGCAUGAGAGUUACAUCAGGCACCUUGGAGACCUCCCUCCUGCCUGCCUCAGUAGUCGCAUGUGAUCGCCCCUGCAUGACUUUCGUCAAGACCCUCUCGAAGAUCCAGCCCUCGGAAGGACCCCGAUGUGUGCGCCCCCGCGGCGAACCUCAUCUAAGAUUCGCUACAAUCGACGACAAUCCAAUACAAUCAUCACCGCUACUGCCC